AAACAUGAUGCUGUUAAAAAAAGGCUUCGACUCAUGAUGUUUACCAAAUACAAGGAAGAAGGUCCAAAAGUGUGUGCCUAAACACAAAAUGUUUGUAUUUAUGAUAUGAUCUUGGUAAACCAUGUGCCAUUUGUGUGAAUAUGUUGCAAAGUAAUUUGCCAAAAACUACCAGACAACAUUAAAUAACUAUUAGUUAUUUGAUGUCGAGAAAGGGGUGGGAUUAAAUAAGCUGAUGCUUCUUCCUACUCCCUUUAGAUUAGAACAUGUGUAAAAAAAAUAAAAAAAUAAAAAAAAACGAGAAGGAGAGGUUGUGUUGUGUGUGUUACUAUGUGUAUGUAAGCAUGUUCAAAAUAAAGACAAAGACAAAAUGAUGUCAAUUACUUGUUAUCUAGUAAAAAACUCAUCUUUAUUUCACUAAAACUUUGAAAUGUGUCUAGAAUUAUCUGAAAUCCAUGUUGGGUCAGACCUAAAGAGACUACGUGUAGUUUUUACCAUUUAUCCCUGGAAAUGUCCAUCAAAAUGUUGAAAAUGAAUUAAAUGAUGCCUGGUUGAGAAAUAUUGGGGGCUUUGUAACAUUACCAUAAAAACCGGGUCUAAAGUACAUGAGAGUUGGUGUAAGUGGGCGACGCCAUGUUAGAUGUCAUGUUUCCUUCUACAAGAACCCAUGAGGACAAAAUGCAUUUACUGAUUUGUACCAAAUGGUUAUAAAACUUUCACUUUUCAUAAACUUUGUUAUACACAUUUAUGUCUUCGCUCGUUGGCAGUGAUAAAAGGGAGUCUGGUGUGUUUGUCAUUUUGCUGGAGGUUGCUUUCCCAGGGAUUUUUUGACCCUAAUGGCCAUUCGUUGUUAAGGUCUUAAUCAGAGAAAUUCUGCUUGCUUGCAAUGAUUCAGGUAGGUACUGCCCCCUUUUGCCAGGGAAAACACACACAGUCACUUUUAACUAAUGAAAUUAAACAAUUUUGUGAAAUUGAACAACAAAAUGACAUGUUCACAUAAUCUGUGCACCAUAUCAGGGCCGUUGUUCUCACCAAGAGAUUUUAUUCAUUUACUGACCUGCUGUCAGAAAUCUUGACUUAUUUUUAAAUUCUCAAUUUAGCAUCUGCUGUAUGAGAAGACCCCUGAUCCAUACAUCUGACACAACAAUUCCUUUUUAUAAUUUUUAACUGAAUUAAUUCCUGCAACAGAGUAAAGAAGAAUAACAGAUUUGAAAGUGUCAGUGAUUUUAUCAACAACGCAGUGCCUGCAUCCAGAGAAAAAUAGACAAAUCAAUCAGACAAGUCUCCAAAUUGCAGUGAGGGGGCAGGAGCACGAGGCAACCGCCCCGAGCUCCUGAUCUCAAGGUUUAUUUAUAACAUAAGAUAAGAAAGGAACGGAAGGUGUGUGUUGAAGUGUAUGUGUGGGUGUGUGUGAGUGGCUUAAAGGAAUGUGUGGGUGUGUCUGAAUAAAUGAGCAUGCAUUCAGGCAUAGAGUAAUACAUAUUACAUUCAGUUAAUUGCAUCAAUGAUCAAGAAAUAAUAAACAUAAAAUUUCCAGAACAGAAAAUAAAGUGAAAAGUUGAUUAUUCUCUUCUCCAACAAAGAUGGCACUUGAUUUGUGAGGCUCUUCUUUCCCAGGUGAGGACUUCAGUGCUGAUUUUUAUUUAUUUUUUGCAUCUCUUCUUCACGUUUCUCCUGUUAAGCGUAGCAUAAGGUCUCACAGCAAGCAGCCCCAAGUACAAGAACACCGUGAGGGGAAUUUCUGAUUCAUUAGUCGCAUGUUUCGUCAAAGAGGUGAGUUGGGACUGCAAUGUUUCCCAAGAUGCUUCAAACUUCAAAUUACCUUCAAAUUUAAUGAGGCAUUCAACAUAAUUCCUGCAUAACAGUACAUUUGUUAUUUUUUGAGGGGCUUUUUUCUCUUUAUAAACCAAAGCGAUGGACACAGAUUGGAGCAAGGAAAGCUAGAAGAUGUGAAAAUGCAAAAGGAGUUUGAUCAGAAGUAGAAAAACAGAAGACAUCCGUUCCCACAGGUGACGAUGAAGGAUCAGACCACCAGCAGUAAUGUGGCAACUAUGCUGAGACAGUCUCAGGUGGAGUUACAGUGGAUCCAAAGACAGCUGGCUAUGAUCAAUGCCAGAAGUGCACACCACAAUCACCUGCACACUAAAGGCAAGGUAACUGCACUCCACACAGGUGCUGCUACUGUUACAGUAAAGGUAAAGCUCACUGAGGGGACAUUAAUCUCAAUCCAAGGUCAGGAUAAAUGGGACAUACAGGUUGUUGAUUAAAUUUGAAAAUGUCCUGAUAGAUCUGCUGCAAAAUCACCUCAAACGUUGAAGCUACUAUACACAGAACUUGAAAAAGAGAUUAUUGUAUAACAUGCUUCAGUUAUCAAUGUAUUCAUGAUACACUGCAGAUUUAGAGUUGAAUUAACUGUACAAAUGUCAGCUUCUACUUUUACAUAAUGCAACUAAAUAUUUUUUAAUAUUAAAGGCGGCAUUUCAUGCAAAACUCACCUUUUGCAUACCUUUGUGCUGCCUCAAUAAACAAUCAACAAUAAACAAUCCAAAUGUGAAAAGAAAACAUCCACCCAUUUUCUGUUAGUGUUUGGAUUCAGAAAGAAUGAGCCUAAAACAAACCAUUUCAAAAAGUCAUCAUUUGUGACAUCACAAACGGGGAAAUUAGAAAAGAAGCACCUCUCACCCACAGGCAUAUAAACGUAGAUGCCCCAUGGACUGGCGCUGCCUAUGGGAGCUGCUGAAGUGGCCAGCCGCCAACAGAAUCAGAAGGGUUUUAUUGCUAUAUGUGGCAGAAUCACAACAUUAGGAAAUUGCUGUACUUGGUGCAAGGAAAAAAGAAAUGAUAAGCACAAUGAAAUGCUAAUAACAUAGGGAAUCAAUAAUUAGAGAAGCAGCUACUAGUCAGUGUAGGUACUGGUUAGAGCGGAUCAGUUCAGGUGCAAACACAACACAGGGUCACGUGACUGAAACAAAGCAACUGGAGUGGGCAGGUUUACGACUGCCGUUCACAAGUCCGACCGCAGAGGAGAAGAAACUGUUUUUGUGGCAAGAGGUUCUGGUCCGAAUGGAUCGGCGCCUCCUGCCAGAUGGGAGAUGAGUCAAAGAGACUGUGUUCAGGUUUAGAGGGGCCUGCUGUGAUCCGACCUGCAAGCCGCAUGGUACUGCAGGUGUUCAGGUCCUGUAUGGAGGGGAGUUUGCAGCCAAUCUCCAUUCGCUCCCAGUGCAUUAAUUUCUACUGAGGAAGGUGUUUACCCAACUAAAAAUCACAUUUUAUCAAGCUUUUUCACAAAAUCAGACACGUGGCAAGGCAAGGCAAGCCAGCUUUAUUUAUAGAGCACAUUUCAAACAAAGAGGCAAUUCAAUGUGCUUUACAAUUAUCAGGACAUGUUAUGAAAACAACAUAAAACACAAAUUUAAAUACACAGAUAAAAUUACAGUUUAGAGCUAAAGGAAAAGACAGUUACAGCUGUCAUGGUCUGCGUCCUGCGUCCCCCUCAUGUGUUCUCCAGCCCCCCUCUAAGUUCCCCUUAUGUGUCUCCUUGUGUUACCCAUCCCCACUCCAGGUUCUCCCCUUAGGUUUCUGUGCCACUUUAGAUCUCUAGCUCCCACCAGGUUUUCCCAGGUUCACUUAUUCUUUAGUUUUCUUUGUAUUUAUUUUAUUUAGCUAAUUUUUCCCUGUAGUUUCUUAGGUUCAGGUUUUCUUCUAGGCCCUUCCCCACCGGUUUAUUAGUUCUCCUUUCCUCCUUAGAUCAUUAGUUAUUUGUCUUGUUCUUCUAGUCUUUAGGUUUGGUUAUUAUUCAUAGGUCAUGUUUUAUUUCCCCUCCUCAGCUUAGUUUUCUCUCCCUGAUUAGUAGAUUGAUUUCUCCAAGUUUCUCUCCCCCCAUGCACCUGCAGCUCAUCUCCCAAUCAUCAUGCCCCUGUGUAUAAAACCCUGUCUGCGUCACAAUGUGUUGUUGGUCCAUUGUUUGUGUCAGCAUUGUCUCACAAUAUGUUCCCUUUAAGAGUUUUACUUCAUGUAAACAUCGUAUGAUUAAUACUUUAUCAUGUAUUCCAUUACUGAUCCAACAUUUAACGAAUGAGCGUUUAGAGUUCUUCAAAUCAUGCUGCAAUAGUUAGCCAAAUCAUCAUGAGAGGUGCAGUCAGUAAGACUGUUGAACUUAUUAUUGCACUUUUUUUUUCUUCCCAAGUUUACGUUAAACAGGCAGGUCAUUAAGAGCACAAGUUUUAUUUGGCAUCCUGGCGAGAUGCAUAGCCUCUAAUAGGAAGGAGGGGAAAAACACCAACAAAUAGAAUGAAAUACUCCCACAUUUCCACCACUAUCUAUAAAUUAAUGAAUUAAAACACAAUAGAAAGCAAGUCAGUUAGGAUGAGUCAACAGUGGAUGACUGUGUCCACAUAUAGGAAACUACACAAAGCAGUAAUGAGUUGUGAAAAACAUGCUUGUGUCAGUAAAAACAUCCAUAAUUACGGUCUGUCAACCCAUGCAUGAAUUAUAAAAUCUUCGAUUAGGAUUUUGUAAAACUUAAUUUUCAAUCAUCUUGAACAGCUUUGCUUAAUAGCAAAAUAAGAGAGAGAGAGAGAGAGAGAGAGAGAGAGAGAGAGAGAGAGAGAGAGAGAGAGAGAGAGAGAGAGAGAGAGAGAGAGAAACAUUUGAGUCCACAGUAGUGGCCAUUAUGCAUGAAAGGGUUAAUGUCCGUGUUUGACUGGUCACAGCUGUUCUGGUGUCAACACAAGAGCCUGUAAGGCAGGUGGUGAUAAUGUUAUGGGUCAUCAGUGACGUAUUCAUUUGGCCUGUUUCAAACACAAAUAAAACUUGGUUGGCAGAUCAAAAACAAGCUAGAAAUCACUUAAAAAUAUCAAAAUUAGCAAAUAAAAGAAAGUUUUUAAAAUCAUGUUUUUACGAGUUAACCAGGCAGCUGUGACUUUAACACUUCAGUGACCUCAGCAUCCAUGUGCUCUCCCACGUUUCUGUUAGCAUGGAACAUUAUGAAGCAUAAUACAACCAAAAGAGUACAGCAUGCCUCUGCAGUCCCACUGAGUGUUUAAAUCCCGGCUGGGAUGUGCGCUAUGAGCGUCGGAUUGUUCAAGUGACUCUUUUGCCCUGAGCUAUUUGCAUAUUUAAAGAUGUCGUUUCCCAAUCCUGUUUUCAUCUGCUCCUGAGCCCCGUGUCUCACAGGGUCUUCACGUCAGGUAUAGAAACCAAUUCACUGCGAGUAAUGCGCCUACCGUAAAGAUGGAAACAGACAGCAAGGAGGUUGUUGCUAGGCAACAGAGUAGAACGGAGCGUACAUUCUGCUUCCCCCCCUCACUCCUGCAGGCUUUUUUUUUCUUUCUGCCCUCUCCUCUGUCCUGCACUCUGCCUCUGUGUUAAUCAGUGUGCUGAUGUAACCUGACUAAAAGCACCUUGCUGAUUUCAUUUGAAGCUCUUUUUAGGGUUUAGAGGAGGCGAGGACAGCAAAGCGAUGCCCGUUUGUUAAAAACACAAAGGAACAUGUCAGCGUGAACUAGAUUUUGAUGCUAGGUAGAACCUAAUAACAGGGCAAUGUGGCUAGAUACACCCACGCAAGCAGAUUUUAGUUCAGUUUAUUUAAUUUAUUCACUUAUUCCAAGUCAAAGAACCAACUAACUGAAAUCAAAACAUAUUAGAGUCACUCUAUUGCUGCAGAAUAAGCUGUAAAAUGCACAUUUGACUUAUUUAUUGAUGUAAAUCAAUAAAAGAAGCAGAAAUGAGUAAGCUGUGGGUAAAUACAAGGAUAACACUUAAAACUUUUAGUGAGUACAUCCCCCCAAACGAGUUAAGUAUUCACCGAUGCUUAACCAAAACCUAGAUUCAUAUAAGAGAAUAAAAAAAGCAGUGUGUGAUGUAAUGGUUUAGACAUCACUGCCCAGCAUAUUUCAUUUUUGGGAUUCUGUUUGCUGUCAGUCAGACAGGAAGUACACAAGGAGGAGAGAGACUGAGAGAGAAACAGAGGGUUUACAGUAGCUACAAACGAAGGGAGCCGUAACUGCUAAUGCAUUCAGGGAUGAGACUGCGUGGUGUAUGCGCGCGUGUGUGUGUGUGUGUGUGUGUGUGUGUGUGCGUGAGUGAGAGACAGAGACCGUCAGCAAGAGCAUGUAUCUGUUUGUACACACAGCCAGAUUCAGCUGCUUGCCGCCAAAGCAAACUGCUAAAGCUGCAGAUGUGCUCAGUCCUCUCUCGUUCAACACUCGUGCACAUGUGGACGUGUCACUUCUGAGUUCGCUGUUUGUGAUUGGAAAUAAUGAGAGGCACUGCCCAUUAGGCAGGAACUUUUUUUUUCAUAGUUCAUCUUUUUAAUUCUAGCAUAUUGUUGCUUUCAUUUUCUGUAUCUCACUAUAAUUCAGCUUGAAAAGUUAGAUUUUAUUUUAGAUUAGCUCCACAUUUAAAACUGGAUUCAGCAGUCCUGAUGCAGGACUUUCUUUCAAACACCAGAUGGCGAUAAGAGUUUAAAAUGAGAUUAGUUUAGGUUGUCAGGGAAAACAAUUUGGCCUCUGGUCACCAAAGAAUGCAAAACAUCCCCAAAAAAGGCCCAGAAAUGCAAUAAAAUUAAAUGACUUUUUAUUUUUUUAAUUUUUGAUAUGAUAAAAUGUUGCUAAAAAUAGGACAUCUGCUUGUAAAAGAUCUGUACCUGUUUGUUACAACUCAUUAGUGUUUUUCUUACCAUUACUUAGUAGGUCAAUCAACUUAUUACUGAACAAACUGCCUAUAUUAGAAGCACUGAUUCUAGUUUUGAGGGCUACAACCAAUUUAAAAUUAUUGUGCAGCUCUGACCUGCCGAUACUGAUUAUGGCUGUUUGUGACCUAUCACACAGAACUAUAAUUAACGUAAUACUUUUUACAUUUAUGAUGAAUUUGAAAAAGAACAGUCUGAAGGUAUAAACGUCCACAUAGAAGAUUUGAGUGAAAUAUAACAUUUAAUUUAAACAGAAGAAACAAAAACUUUCGGAUUGGCUGAAAAAUGACAAAACCACUGAUGUCAAAACCUGACAGAUUAUGACCACCAGCUAGUUUAUAUUUUUCAUUUUUUGGUCUCUAACUACCGCCAUUAUUGAAAAGGGAAGCGGGGUCAACAACAUAUGCUGCAGCCAGCCACUAGAGGGCACGUAAUUUCCUUGUGCCUUCAACUCCUGCUUCAUAUGUCUAUGCCUAGUUACUAAUCAUGAAAACCAAAGUUUAUAAAAAAAUAAAAUGCCCUUGAUGUUGUUUUAUUUUGAUAAAAAAUAUUUUUUAGUAAAGUUUGUUGCUUUUGAGUCAAUAAACUGCAAAUUUACCAGUUUUUAUAGAAGGAAAGUAAUUAACUCCAGCUCAGCUGGUGUACUGUUUAUGCACUCCUCUUUUUCUCUUGGGAAUGAUGAUUUAACACAAGUCUCAGAAGGCUCUCUAAAAUUCACAGGCAUUAAGUAAGUCAACAAACAAGACAUUUUGUAUCUGUAAUGAUGACUGAUUUUGAACUCAGCACAUAAAACAAUACUUUUGUGUUGGCUCAGUCCUCUUAAAAUAGUUAUGUUUGUUUAAAAAACAUGAAUAUGUCCAAUUGGAAGACAUAUUAACAUUUUAAGUUAAAAAAAGUAAAAAAAAAAAUACAGCAAAAAUGCAGACAAUGAGUAUUUUACGAUAUCAAAUCAAAAAUGUAAUAACAUAAUAAUAAUGGAUGAGAUUUUCAGUAUCACUUAAGUUGUGUUUCACAGUUUAUUUAUAUAGCGCCAAAUCACAACAAGAAUUGUCUCAAGGCACUUCACAAAGUAAAUAUUUCAAUAAAGUUCAGUUCAUUAUGCCAUUCAGUUAAAAGUUUCCUAUGUAAGGAAACAAUGUAAAUUUGUAUAUACAUAGCAGCAUACAUUGUGUAUAGUAAGAUAUACACUUUAUUUUCUUUAUCUGAAUAGAUCUGUAAUCAGUUUAACAGGUGAACUAGUAGUAGCACAUUCUAUGUUAAAGAAAGUAAAAAGUUAUUAUCAGGAGAGGGAGAAUGUUCAGUGGUUGGCAGCAGUGUGCCAGCCAGUGGCCCCUUUUAAGAGGUCAUCACAGCUCAGCAGAACACCAUUGUAGCUUCUUCUGGGGAGAAAAACACAUAGAGAGAACAUAAAGUUAACAGCUGAAAUGACAAAAAAAAAAUGCAAUUUAUUAAAGUAACAGAGUGCGGAAUUUGGUCAGUAUGUCCUCCAGCAGUCUAAGCCUAUAGCAGCAUAACUACAGAAAUAACUCUGGAUAACUUAACAUUUAUGAAGCCAUGUGGGAGGCAAAGCCAAGGAGAACUGUCUUUCCAAUGUCAUUCCCCAAUGUACACUCCACCUCCUUCCCCACUUGUCCACAUCUGGGCUAACAUCAUUCAGAAUUAACCAUAAGCCCUAUCAAAGAAACAAGUUUAAAGCUUAGUCUUAAAAGUAGAAAUGGUGUCUGCCUCGCAGACUAAAGCUGGGAGUUGGUUCCAUAGAAGAGGAACCUGAUGACUAAAAGAUCAGCCUCCCAACCUAUUUAAAAAAAUUCUAAGUAGGGUUGGGUGACAUAGCCUAAAAUCCAUAUCACAGUAUAUUGAGGAGUUCACCUCUAUAACAAUAAAUGAUAACUACAUGUAGGCACAAAAACCACAAAAAGUUGUCCAGUAGAUGGGGCUGUAGCAGCUGAAUUGCCCCACAGCCAGUUGUAUUGACAGCGUUAUUCCCCCAGAUCUGUUCAUUGCAAUUAUUUUUAAUUUCUGGAUCCACAGAAGAUUUCUCAAGUAGAGGUUUGAUUGCAGCAAAUUUAAAAUCUUGCGGUACAUAUCUAUUUCCUUAGGAUAGAUUGAUUAUAUCUAAAAUGGGUGCAAUAACCAAAGGAAAUGCUUCUUUAAAAAGUUUGGUUGGGAUUACUGCAAGUUAAAGGUUUAGAUGAAGCAAAAAAAAUUGAUAGCUCUGAAAGUCCAACUGAAUCAAAACAGUUCAAACGCAGAUGAAGUUCUACAGUUACCUUUGAUGCUGCCUCACUUACUGAAGAAGAAGAAAUCAUGUUAGGGAGCAUGCUAAUGGAAUCUAAUAUAAUAAAUUUUAUUUGUGAAGAAUCCCAUAAAAGGGAAAUCCUAAGGCUGGGGGAAUCCAAAGGCAUUCCCUGGCCAGCUGAGAGACAUAGUCCCUCCAGUGUGUCCUGAGUCUUCCCUUAGGUAUUCUAUUGGUUGGAUGUGUGUCAUGGUCUGCGUCAGCCCCCUUCCUUUAUGUGCCUCCUGGUGUCCUCCAUCCCUCUCUAGAUUCCCUCUUGUGUCCCUUUGUUCCCCCAGCUCCCCUUGUGCUCUCUUAGCGCCCUCAUGUGUCCUUGUCUGCAUCCCUGUUAUGUCUUAUGUUGUAGCCCUUUGGCGCCCUCUUGUGUCCUUUUUCUGUGUCAGUUUCUGUGUGUCAGUUUGUGUGUCAGUCUAGUGUCUGAUGUUAUCUUUUACUGUUUCCUCCCAGGUCAGCUCCAGCCUCGUUGUCCCCAGCUCAGUGUAUGUGUAUGUACUAUGUCCUCCUCCAGCUAGUUUGUGUGAGUCCUUCCCUCUGUCUUUAGGAAAUUGUUGUUUAGUUUUGUGUUAAGGUAUUUGCCAUCCUCUGUUUCUGUUUUCCCCAUUGAGUUGAUUAGUGUCACCUGCCUUCCCUCCAGCAGCUCACCCCACACACCUGCUUCCUGUUUCCCUGAUUGCUCCUCCCAGUGUAUUUAAGCCCUGUCUGUCUCUGUGUUCUUGUCGGUCCAUUGUUGCUUGUCAGCGUUAUUAGUCCUGUCAGUCUGCUCGUUCCUCUGGUGUUUUUUGACUCCCUGGAUUCUUGGAUUUAUUCUUUAUUUUGGACACAUUCUACAAUAAAAGGAUUUUCUUUAUUUCAAUUCCUGCCUCGUGUCAACCUGGGUUUUGCAAUUUGGGUCCUACUCUCCUAAACGUGACAGAAUGGACCGACCAACCAGGACCCAGCGGCCACGGAUGUACACCUUCCACGGUGACCCGGACUCCUGUAAGACUUUUCUUCUGGACUUUGUUAUGCUUCAUGACACGGACACGCCAGACAUUGAUCUGGUAAUUAACCUGGUGUUCCUCCUAAGGGGGAGAGCUCUGCAAUGGGCCAGCCUAUAUUUUGAUCAGAAUCCAAUUCAGGAGUUGGUGUUUUGGGACUUCGCAGAGGAUCUGCUGGACGCCUGCAGCAGCCCACAGUUUCCCUCCUCUGUGGAUUAUAAUCCAUCAGCAAGCGCCAUAUUAAGAGCUGCCUUCUCAGCGUCUAAAAAGCACCAUGCAUCCACAUCUCCGCCUGGUUCUGACAGCACCACCACUUCCUCUACGGUGGGCUGCCACCACACUUCUCCAACUGUUCCUGCCAUCUCCAUAACUCAACCUCCUAUGGUCUGUGUCACCACACCUCCACCAGUUCCAGAGAGCUCUACCACACCCUCACCUGGUCCCGACAGCACCACCACUUCCUCUCUGGUGGGCUGUAUCUCAUCCUCAGUGCCUGCCAGCGUCACCUCCACACCUCUGUUGACCCAAGACUCCCCACGUCGACGACGUCGCAGCAGCCGCCGUCAGAGGUCUUCUGGGGCCAAAGCAGCAACAGUUCAGGUGGCUCCUGCUCCAGCGGUGGUCCCGAGGGUCGCAUCGCAUCCUGCUCCGACGGUGGUCCCGAGGGUCGCAUCGCAUCCUGCUCCGACGGUGGUCCCGAGGGUCGCAUCGCACCCUGCCUCGGCAGAGGAGGAUGCACGGGCUCCGGUCCAGCCCAUCCAUGGGGCCCCGGGUCAGAAGUCAACGCCCCUGGACCCGAAGUCGAUGGUGGUCAACGGCCCUUCCUGUUCCGAAGUCGACGCCCCUUCCUGUUCCAAAGUCGAUGCCCCUGAUGACGAUGUGUCCGAACUUGUGACCAUAGUUUUAAAUAGGAACGGUAACAUCACACCAAACAUUCCGUCGCCACCUGACCAGCAACUGGACCUCAUUCCCUGGUUCAUUUAUUCCCAGGUGAGGGUUGAACAGGACACACCAGAAGCAGACUGGCAAAUCGUGAGUUCUGGAGAAUCCCAGAACGUCCGGUGUCCUCCAGGGCCAGUGGGUGUUCUCCUGGCCAUCGAAUGUGACACAGGUCAGCAUUCUUUCAGAUUUGAAGUUUCGUCUAAGCUAGCUGCAGGAUGUUCUACAGUCUACGAUGUGAAUCGCUUCUGGCUGCUGGAAGACAAAAACCGGGCUUUAAAGCAUGAAGUUGCCUCUCUUCGACAAGAGAAACAGUACUACAGAAAACUGUGUCUCUCCGUCGGUCUGAUGGAGUUGCUUUCCAGCGGCUCGGUGUUCGCACUCUUCAAGCCCCCAGGCCUCGUGCACACGUUAUCCGGAGCCGUAGUCAGCGAUCGUGUCCUUCACGCCAGUACAACUGGUUGGGGUCAUUGGAGUGCAGUGGGUGGGAGGUCAUCUUAUAUCAUCUUUAGAGAAACGGCAAGAACAAAGCAGACCGCUCGUAAGUCAACUGGUGGAAAAGCCAAGAGGAAGCAGCUAGCCACAAAGGCGGCAAGGAAGAGCGCGCCGGCCACCGGUGGCGUGAAGAAGGCUCACCGUUACAGGCCUGGCACCAUGGCUCUCAGGGAGAUUUGCCAUUACCAGAAAUCCACCGAGCUGCUGAUCCGUAAGCUGCCCUUCCAACGCCUGGUCAGAGAAAUCUAA